ACACCAAAAACCCUCUUUUUCCCCUCUCUCUCUCUCAGCUCAUUUGUUUCUUUCGCUUUCAUUGGUUUUCCGAAUAUUAAAUAUAAUUCAGGUCUCGAUUUUCUUCUGCCCUCACCUGCUUGUCUAAGAUCUUUGAAUCAUGGACGACCAAGAUCGAAUCGUCUCCACUGGAGAGAGACCUGUUAAGCCAGAUGUCUUGAAAGAGCAGCCAGUUUUGCCCAAAGAUGAGAGGAUAGCUUCAGUAAAUCCUUCUCCGGCUGCAGUCAUUACAGGGCCUUCACGCACUGCCACAGAACAACCCAAGUUUUCAGAUGUUGCAGGAGAACUUAGCACCACCCAUCCACUCAAUUUGUAUGGAUCCAAUGAACAGAGUAUGUCUUAUAGUGGUUAUGGAAGUAGCACUGGUACUUGGGAUGGAUAUCCUCAGUAUAUCAAUACUGAUGGAAUGCAUGUUGUAUCACCGGUAAUGUACAGUGAUAAUCCAUCUCUUCUGUAUCACUCUGGUUAUGGUUUCAAUCCCGAAAUUGCAUAUGGACCAUAUUCACCGGUUGCUACACCUUUGGCUUCUUAUUUGGUAGAUGGCCAGAUGUAUUCUCCACAACAGGUCCCCUUCUCUCCAUCUUAUUACCCUCAACCAUCUCCUCCAAGUCUGUCUCAUAUUACUUCAGCUAUUCCAGUGACACCAACUGAGCGGAUGACCUCAGAAAGUAGUAGCACUGACAACAUGGCCUUUGGGCCAGGAUCAGGUUACUUUGUAAAUUUUAGAUCAUUUAGUGGAGGAGAUCUAUCUGGAAAUCUUGGUUCGAGCCCUUUAGCAUCUCCAGGGAUUUACCCUCAGCCAAUGGGCAUACUUGGAUCUUAUGAGCACAGUGUUGGGCAGAUUUCUCAUCCACAGAGAUCAAUGCAUGGAUUUGGACUGGUAUCUAGUUCCUUUACAGGGCGCUACCCACAUAAUACUUCUCAUCAGAGCUCCAACUUUGGUGGUCCUUCUUACUUGUUUGGUAAUGACCGGAGCCGACUGACUGUUGACAAGGGUAGAAGAAGAGAUAGGGAGUGGGAUUCAAUUUCCGUUUUCAGUAAUUCACAUGAUAUCUCCAAUGACCGUAAUCGAGGACCAAGGGCUUCAAAGCUGAAGGACAAGAACGUGUCUGACCAGGGCUCUUCAUCUAGUGCUAGGAAAAUGGAUCUAUCUGCUUCUGGAAUUAACCUCGACUCAAUUAACCAGAAGGAUUUUGUCACAGAUUAUGAGGAGGCAAAGUUCUUUAUCAUUAAGUCUUUCAGUGAGGAUAAUGUUCAUAAAAGUAUUAAAUACAGUGUUUGGGCCAGCACUCCCCAUGGAAACAAGAAGCUUGAUGCUGCUUAUCAUGAGGCGAAGAGGAUAAAAAGCAGCUGUCCAGUCUUUCUCUUAUUUUCGGUUAAUGCCAGUGGACAGUUUUGCGGAGUAGCUGAAAUGAUUGGACCAGUAGACUUUGGAAAAGAUGCUGAUUACUGGCAGCAAGACAGGUGGAAUGGCCAAUUUCAAGUUCAGUGGCACAUUAUUAAGGAUGUUCCUAACAUUCGCUUCCGUCACAUUCUACUUGAAAAUAAUGAUAAUAAGCCUGUCACUCACAGCCGAGAUUGUCAGGAGGUGAAUCUGAAACAAGGAAUUGAGCUGUUGAAAAUUUUCAAUGAUUAUGAUGCACGGACAUCUAUAGUUGAUGAUUUUGAAUUUUAUGAUGACCGCGAAAGGUCCUUGAAGGAAAGGAAAGCCAGACAACAAGCUUGUGCAACUACAGAUGCUUCUGAGUCAGUUGCUCUUGAUACUGUUAAGGAAGCUUCUAAUAUUUCCGAUCAAGCCUUGGAGAUGAAAGGAAGUGGUAGCAAAGAAUUUGCAGGAACUGAACAUGACAGUAGCUCCAAAACAGAUUCAGUUGUAUAUGAACAUGAUGCUGUACAGCAAAUAUCUGAUAGUUUAUCUCAAGUAUUGCAGUUGGAAGAGAGUGACAAAGAGGUAGUACCACCAUCUGAAAGAGGCGGCACACAUGACAGCGAGUCCGUUGACAAGGAGGUAACAGUUGUAUCAACUUAAAGUUGUGGCUAAGCACCUUAGGCAUGUAUGUGACGACACACUACUGUACCAUUGUGAUUUUAAGGAUUCUUCACUCACUCGCUGACAAAUUUCGAGGUGGUAAUUUGGUCAUCUCGAGCAGUCUGGGUUCAAGCGGAUUCCCGUUCCUUUAUUCUUCAUGGUCAAUUGUUCAGAGCAAUUAAAUGGUACUCCAGGAACGCUUUGGCAGGGAGGCUGUUUGACACUUUUGUAUUGAAUUUUUUUUUUUCACUCGUUUUCUUUGAGGGCAGAUAGCUUUUGGAAAUGUGAAGUAGUUGAGCAAAUAUGCAUGUUGCGGUGGGGCCUUCUGUAUUUUAUGUCCGAGUAAUUUUAUAGUUCUUG